AUGGCAGUUUUCAACCUCACCUCUUCUGAGACUUCAACAUUCAUCCUAACAGGUAUCCCUGGCCUGGAAGCUUCCCAUGUCUGGAUUGCCAUCCCUUUCUCCAUGUUCUACAUUAUCGGCCUGUUGGGAAAUUUCACUAUUCUGUUUGUUGUAGGCAGAGAGCAGACCCUGCAUAAGCCAAUGUACCUUCUGCUUUGCAUUCUGGCAUUCAUAGAAAUCAGCACAACUACCUCCAUCAUGCCAAAGGCACUGUGUAUUUUUUGGUUUAAUUUGAAAGGCAUUACAGUGGGUGGCUGCCUCACCCAGAUGUUCUUCCUUUAUGCUGGUACUAUGAUGCACUCAGCUGUCCUUGUGACAAUGGCCUUCGAUCGCUACAUUGCCAUAUGUAACCCUCUGAGAUACACCACCAUCCUCACCAAUGCACGAAUAGCUAAGCUAGGGCUAGUGGGUUUGAUAAGACCUGUUCUCUUUGUUCUCCCCAUGCCCCUGCUCCUGAGCAGGCAGCCGUUCUGUGCCAACAACGUUAUCCACCAUAUGCACUGUGACCACAUGGCUGUGGCAAAGAUGUCGUGUGGGGACAUCACAGUCAGCAGAACAUAUGGCUUGGUGGCAGCAUUUGUAGUCAUCGGAUGGUCUCUGACGCUGUCCCCCAUCCAUACCAUCCCGCCUCCCAGGAGCAACCCCGCUAAAGCUUAG